AUGGAUAUUCACAAAUUAUGGGAAUAUAAAGAGUAUGUUAAUGUCAAUGGAUUUAUGUUAUCGAACGAGUUAAUAUCAUUGUUACAAAAUUCUCUGACACUGUUACAAGUAGAGAACCACUUUUCUCACGUUCAAUACUGGGGACAGAUCUAUGCUGUUGAUGGAGAUUAUCAUAUAGCAGUUGGUAUCACCAGAGAUGCCUUAGCGGAUAGAAAGUAUUUCUACUCAACUGACUUCAAAUUCUGGGGCCUCUUGGCCAGACCAAAGAAGAAAUAUAAGCAACUAUCUCUACUUACAACAUUUCCCUUUCGUGGGGACCCGUCAUUGAAAAUAAAAGUCCUUGAUGAGGCGAUGGAUGAACAGCAUCCGGAUAGAUGCCAGGAGAUGCGAGAAGAGAAACGCCUUGCGGCAACAAUCAGCAACAUUUGUGACGAAGCUGAGAUUUGCGCUCGUGGACAACUAAUCAAACAGCCAGAUGGUUCUGUAGUAAUUAACCCUAAUUUCUAUGGUCUCACAGGACAGGAAGCAAAACUGCUUAAAUCUUAUAUGCAUAUCCGCCCAGCACAGCAACGUUGGAAUACUAACCUGUUGACUAGACAGGAUUAUAACUUUAGUAUGGAUUUUCUAGACUCAAUCGACCAGGACAUACCUUCUGGGUGCUGGAACCUGUCAUUGGAGCAGAAUGGAACUCUCGCAUAUUUAAAAAGUUUAUACUGGCCAGGAAUGUCAUACUUCCACAAAAUAAAGACCCCUGAUGCAGGAUUUUUGUAUAUUGGAAAUGGAAGGAAAAAUUUAGAUGUUCCUUUUCUAAUUUAA